GGUAGAGAGAGCAGCAGCAGCACGCGCUGAUCUCGGAUUGACUUCAGAUCAGAACUGAUCACUGAUCGAUUAUUUCUCCUCAUCGAUUGACCGGAUGCGCUGCUGACGUCACGGACCUUCCUGUCGUUGAUUGGAUUAAAUGAUCGUUAAUUAAACCGUAACGUUUGCUCUCGUUCGGCUCCGGUGGGGCGCCACCUACCGGCGGCGGACACCAUGGGUUUCUACGGGAGCCUGAAGCUCAUCUUCUACAAAAUGAAGAGGAAGUUGGAUCAUGGUCCCGACGCUCGUCCGUUUCCUUCAGGGAAGAAACGCUGUAAAGGCGGCGGAUUCCUCAGUCCCUCCAGUCUGGUUCAGGUCCCGCCCACCACCUUCGGCGACCUGCGACUGGCCAAUGGGCAUUCAGCCCAGAGGCGGCGGGUGACCUCGGGUCCGCCCCCUUCCGGCCUGCAGGACUGGCUUCACACCUUCCAGAUGUGGAGUGGCCCUGAGAGGCUAUUGGCUCUGGAUGAGUUGAUUGACAGAUGUGAGACCAAUCAGGUGAAGCACAUGAUGCAAGUGAUCGAGCCGCAGUUCCAGAGAGACUUCAUAUCACUGUUGCCCAAAGAGUUGGCCCUGUAUGUGCUGACGUUCCUGGCUCCCAGAGAUCUGGUGCAGGCGGCUCAGACCUGCAGGUCCUGGAGGAUCCUCUCUGAAGACAACCUGCUGUGGAGGGAGAAGUGUCGAGAGGAAGGUAUAUCAGAGGGUGUGGCCUCUCAUCGCAGGAAGUGUGGGAGGUCGGGGGCGGCGGUUUGUCGAUGGAAAUCGACCUACAUCGAACAACACCGCGUUGAGAACAAUUGGAGGAGGGGCGACGCACGGGAGCCCAUGGUGUUGACAGGUCACGACGAUCAUGUGAUCACCUGCCUCCAGUUCAGUGGCGACCUGAUCGUCAGCGGCUCCGACGACAACACACUCAAAGUGUGGUCGUCCAUCAGCGGCAAGUGUCUGCGGACGUUAAGAGGUCACACCGGGGGGGUGUGGUGCAGUCAGAUGGCCGUUGCCACGGUGAUCAGCGGCUCCACCGACCGAACGCUUCGCGUGUGGGACGCAGAGAGCGGAGAGUGUGUCCACACACUGUACGGACACACGUCCACUGUGCGCUGCAUGCAUCUCCACGGCAACCGCGUGGUGUCGGGCUCUCGGGACUCGACCCUGCGUGUGUGGGACGUAUCGAGCGGUCGCUGCGAACAUGUGCUGACAGGACACGUGGCGGCGGUUCGCUGCGUUCAAUACGACGGCCGCCGUGUGGUGUCGGGCGGUUACGACUACAUGGUGAAGGUGUGGGACCCAGAGACGGAGGCGUGUCUACACACACUGCAGGGACACACAAACAGAGUGUACUCACUACAGUUCGAUGGCGUGUUUGUGGUGAGCGGCUCGUUGGACACGUCGAUCAGAGUCUGGGACGCACACACAGGUGGGUGUGUCCACACGUUGACCGGCCACCAAUCACUGACCAGCGGCAUGAAGCUGAGAGACAACGUCCUCGUGUCCGGAAACGCAGACUCCACCGUCCGAGUGUGGGACGUCCGGACGGGACAGUGUCUCCACACGCUGGAAGGUCCCAAUAAACAUCAGUCUGCAGUGACGUGUCUUCAGUUCUGUGGAGGUCUCGUCUUGUCCAGUUCUGACGACGGGACGGUCAAACUGUGGGACCUGAGGAGCGGCGCCUGGCUCAGGGACGUGGUGGCGCUGCAGAGCCGAGGAUCAGGGGGUGUGGUCUGGCGAAUCAGAGCGUCCGACACUCGGCUGGUGUGCGCCGCCGGCAGCAGGAACGGGACGGAGGAGACCAAACUCCUGGUGCUGGACUUCGACGUGGACGACACGAAGGACGAGACGGACUGAGGAGACAUUACGCCUCCUCAGCGCGGUGAGAGCGGCAGCAACCAAUGAAUGUUUGACCAACAGGAAGUGGAUUAAUCUCAAAGACGGGGCCUCGGAGGAGACGUUUGGACGAAUGUGAUUUAUCGUCAAACGGAAACAUUCACGUAAUGAAUGUACCAACUUUUAUCGCUGCUGAACCAAUGAGGACGUCACUGUUUAAACCGACCAAUCCAAAUUUACCAAAUGUUGACUUCUGGAGACGCAGGUUCAGACAAACAGAAGCUCGUAUUUUAUUUACGUUCAACACGACGAGUUUGGGGAAAAAACCUGGAGCCGUUUUUCAGUAAACGUCGUUUUCACGUCAGGAAAAGAUGAAACUGACGAAGCUGAACAACAUGAGACGCACAUACACGUCAAACCCUUCACUCCAACUUUAUAUUUGUUUUUCGCUCAAAUCAUCAGAAAAUGUUUUUAUUUGAUUGUUUUUGCAGUUACAGUUUAAAACCUACAAAUAUUCAGUUUACGAGGAAGAAAACUCUUAAAUUGAUUUAAGUCAAAAACUAAAACAAAAUAUGAAAAAAAGAAACAAACGAACACAUUUUAGAAUUUUUCUUAAAAGCUGUUUGAAACAAAUGAAUCACGCUACUGAAAUUUUAAUAAUUAAUUGACUUGAUGAGCUUCAGUCACUUAUGGAAUACAUUUUUUUAUUUUUAGGCAGAUUAAAAAAUAAAAACUCAUCAGCCGAUCAAGCUGCAGCAGAACUUUUAUUUAAAUACUUUUACAAUUAAAUAUUUAAACACAUGAGAUUUUUAUGGCUCAACUUUAAAUUUCCACAAUGUGAAUUCAAUUUGUUUCACAGCUAAUUUAAAUAUCUAAUAUUUUGUCUUUGCUUCCAUACGACACCUCUCUGAUGAAAUAUUAAUGAAUUCAUUCAAAAACAACGAAGCGAUAUUAAUAGAAUAAACUGCUGUUGCCAGGCAACACGUCUGGCCAAUGAGCACAGAUGUUUUUUUAGCGUUGCAGAUGUGAGGCUGCGGAGUGUCGACGUCCCGAUGAUGUAAAUGACUGUAAAU